CAUUUCUCCUGAGUCUUCUGAGCACGCCCGGUCAUAGCAAAAUACCGAAGAUACCUAUAAGAAACGGUUUGGAAACGGUCAUAGAUCAUCUGAGUGACAAAAGAGUCUAAUCAUGGCGUCGCGGCCGAACCCGUCCAACAAGCUGGCCGAGAUGUCUCGGCAGCAGGAGCUGAUCGAGCGGCGCCGGCAGGAGAUCGAGCAGCGCCGGCGGGCGGCGGCCGGUCCGCGCGGCGGCGGCGGCGGCGACCGGGGGCGGCCGGCCGAAUCGGAGGCCGCCCCCGGCCCGUCCGGCAGUCUGAGCGCCGGCAGCAGCGCCCGCAGACUGUUUGAGGCGCACAAACAGAGUUUCUUGGCGACUCAGAAGAAGGCCCCUCCCGCUGAGCCUGCACCACCAGUCCAGAAGCCCGACGGGCCAUCCAACGUCUUCCAAAACGACGGCAGCUUCAUGGAGAUGUUCCAGCGAAUGCAAAAAGCCCACGCGGCGGCGGUGCCCCCGGCUCCAGCGGACCGGCCGGCCGGAGCGGCUCAGCACACACCCAUCUCGUCUGCAGUUGGCGGCUCUGGACGGCAGGGGACGGAGCAGGCGGCGGCCGGUGGAUGGACGGCAGCGCCGGGCGGAGCGCUGCACUCGCGGCGGGAGAGGAGCCCAGCAGACGGCUCCGGCGAGCCCCCGCGUAAGAGGCGCAGCCGCUGGGGCUCCGAGGAGGAGCGGGCAGACGUGCCGCCCGUCGGCGUGGCCACGCCCACGCCCUCAGUCGCGUUCCCUGCCGGUGUGGCCGGGAAGUCUCCGGAGCUGAUUGCCUACGCCAAGCGCGUGUUCGGUAACGUGGAUCUGAUGUCCGAGGACCAGUGGAAACAGUGUGACGAUCAGAUGAAGAUGAACGUCCUUCUGGAGGACAUCAAACGUAAGAAGGCCGAGAGCGAGCGGCUGGCGCAGCGCGGAAAGGUCAAAUACGAGUACGACUCGGACGAGGAAACGGACGGAGGCACCUGGGAGCACAAACGGCGGAAGGCCGAGAUGCUGGAGACCCAGCGGAAGGCCGACGAGCUGACCGCCAUGAACGCCGGCAAACACCACAUCGGAGACUUCCUGCCGCCCGACGAGCUCGAGCGCUUCAUGGAGAAGUGGCGCGCGCUCAAGGAGGACCGCGAGCCCGACAUGUCCGACUACCGCGAGUUCAAGCUGAAGGAGGACAACAUGGGCUUCCAGAUGCUGAAGAAGAUGGGCUGGUCGGAGGGCCAGGGCCUGGGCUCGGACGGCGCCGGCAUCACGGCGCCGGUCAGCCAGCGGCGCACCCUGGACACGGCCGGCGUGGGCACCAGCACAGAGGCGGACGUCACCAAGGAGGACACAGAGUUCGACGCCUACCGAAAACGCAUGAUGCUCGCAUACAAGUUCCGGCCCAACCCGCUCAACAACCCGCGCCGGGCCUACUACUGAGCGGGUGGGUUCGUACAGAGGGGACAGCUAACCUACUACCAGUGGAGAGGGAUAUCCUGCCAGCAGAGCCGCCGGCGCUGGUCGUCGUCAUCCUGCGCUGCAGAGUCGCCGACUGAGACUCCACUCCAACCCACCCCAGCUGGUGGUGCGGGCGCCGGCAGCCGCCGCACGGAUCAGCUGAUGUGGGGCGAUACGGACAACAGUGACUGACAGAGAGCCAUAGCCUUCAACACAGACCCUCGCCCGUGCACUGACUGCGGUGUGGCACACGCCUUUAUUUCGUUGUUUGCCCAGGCGCCAAGGCGCUGAGAAGCACCUACGAUCACAGACUACAGUGUUAAAGCUGCGCAGUAUGCCGUGAUGGCAGGGCCGCCCCGGACUGUGCUGUGGGUCCGAUCAGGGGACGGCGGCCGUGCCCGGCGAGGUGCUGGGCGGCGGGGAGGGACGGGUGGUGCAGGCCGGUGUGUAGGGAAUUCUCCCGGUGUUUCACCGUGCAGAUCACUCGUCAGUCGUCUAUAACUACAGCGUGCCACCUGGGCUUACCGAGCGUCGCGCAGGAUGGGCGCUUUGAGGACAGCAGGACAGGACAGCCCGGCGUCAGCAGAGAUUGGAGCCUGGCGGGCGCCGCAUCGGAGCUGAGCAGAAGUUUUCCAAUUGUGUGUAAAAGAAUGGAACAUUUAGUAGCUCGUCAUUGCCAGUGCCUGUGUGUUUAUUGGCCUCGGAUGAGUUCAUUCCGCCGGUACACGGUUCUUUCGCACUCUCGAGAAUACUGUCGGAGGCAUCCCCUUUAUUUUUCCCUGGGGAGGGGCGAAUGGGACAACAUCAGGUGAAAGACGCACGAGUCGGGAGUCUAUCCAGACUCCAGAAUCCGUUCAGACGGUACAGUGUCGGCGUGAAUUGUCUGGAGAAAUACACGGAGCGGUCGGGGACGUA